AAAAUAAAAAUUUGUACGUGGAGUUGAAGUUUACAUUUAGUCGGGCGUAAUCGAUAUGACGACACAGACUUUAUAAAUGAGCGCUGCAGUGUGUUGAAACAUCAGUUGAAAUAUCGAAACGUUCGGCUACAGUGAGAGCCAACGUUCUGCACAAAUAUCGAACAAGUGUUAUACACAACAUCGUGCCAUAAGUGUUACGAGUGAGUGUCAUUGAUUACAUAAAAUGCCCUGUCCAUUCAUGGGUUCGCUAAACCAAGCUUUCGUAAGAAAUUAUGGCUCCAUACUGAUGAAACAGUAUGGUAACUUUUGCCCAAUAAUUUCUAGAGGGUUUCGCUCCUUUGGCAACGAGGAGACGAAAUGCCCAUUUAUAAAAGAAAACGCGAUCAUCUCCGAAGCUCCCAAGGAGAUGAAUGAAGACAUUGUUGAAAGCGUUCGACCUUACGCCUAUGAGAAGUUCUUCAACGAACAGAUUAGCGCCAAGAAGAAAGAUUACUCGUACCGUGUAUUCAGGAAAGUGUCGCGCUUAGCGGCCGACGGUAUGUAUCCGCAAGCCUUGGAAGGGGCAGAUAAUCACCGUGUGACUGUGUGGUGCGCCAACGACUACCUCGGUGUAUCGCGGCACCCACUCGUGCAGGACGCGGCUAUCUCUGCUAUCAAGUCGUACGGCACGGGCGCCGGAGGAACCCGGAACAUUGCCGGAAACUCGCAAAUGACUGAGAAACUCGAACAUGAAAUAGCGAGACUACAUGAAAAACCUGCCGCAUUAAUAUUUAGUUCAUGUUUUGUUGCAAACGAUGCAACAUUGUCUACUUUAGCUAAGAUUCUUCCAGGUUGUAUAAUUUACUCGGAUGCAGGUAACCAUGCCUCUAUGAUACAGGGAAUAAGAAAUAGUAGAGCUCCUAAACAUAUAUUUAGGCACAAUGAUCCCAAUCAUUUGCAAGAGCUGCUCUCUCAAUCACCACCAGGUGUGCCAAAGCUAGUCGUUUUUGAGACUGUCCACUCUAUGAGUGGGGGUAUUUGUCCUUUAGAAGAAAUGUGCAAUGUUGCACACCGGUAUGGAGCUUUAACAUUUGUGGAUGAAGUACAUGCUGUGGGGUUGUAUGGGAAACAUGGUGCUGGGAUCGGUGAGGAAAGAGGUCUGGCCCAUAAGAUUGACAUAGUGUCCGGAACCCUGGGAAAAGCUUUUGGGAAUGUUGGAGGCUACAUUGCCGGAUCAUCUUUACUUAUUGACACUGUAAGGUCAUUGGCUCCAGGUUUCAUAUUUACAACAGCUCUACCCCCACCUGUCCUCGCUGGUUCUUUGGCAGCUAUUAGACUCCUUGCAAGCGAAGAAGGGAGAAGUUUGAGAACUAAACAUCAGGCCAUUGUGAGAUACUUGAAGCUGUCUCUCCUAGUAGCUGGACUACCACAGCUACCAUCGGUGAGUCACAUAGUUCCAGUGCCAAUCACUGGAGCAGACAAGGUGGCGUUAGUUGCUGAAUCUCUUAUGAAGAAGGGGCACUAUGUACAAGCUAUCAACUAUCCUACAGUGGCACGAGGCGAGGAGAGACUUCGCUUCGCCCCGGGCCCGUACCAUACGCCCGAAAUGAUAGACAGCUUGGUUACUGCCUUAAUCGAAUCAUUCCACGAAAAUAAUAUAAGCUUUAAUCAGUUCCUGGUUAAUGGGACAUGUCGUGAAUGCAGCAUGGAGUACAAGGUGGACAUGCCUUUUGAAGAAGUCUCCUACAAGUACCCAAUGGCUGCAGCCUAACCACAAAUUAAAUAGCUAAAUAACAGUUGUUGAAUGUAUAAUUGUAUAGUUUAUUUGAGAUGUUUUAUUUAUGGUUCAAGGUGUUAAUGUUAGGGGAAAUAAAAACUCUGGUGUCGUA